AUGGAAACAAACAGUGACAAAACAAAACCUUUGCUGAGCUACCACAAAGUAAAUAUUUUGUCGCAAAAUUUUGAACCGCUGAAAGAGAAUCAGAAAGGCAGUCAGUUGAACAACAAUGAUGAACUAAACAAUGACAGUAAUAAUAAUAACAAUGAGAAGACUGUGUACGAGGAAGAGGAAGAUGAGGUUCCAGUUCAAUACACAUCCAAUUGUCGAGGUGUAUUCGCUCAGUGUAUGGUUGCCGGCGCAGUGCUAUUUUUAACCGCAGGUGUAGGCAUGCCUAUAGGAUACAGUGGAGUUUUAUUACCUCAACUUUACGAAAUUAAUAGUACGCUUCAUAUAGAUCAAGAUAUAGGUUCAUGGAUAGCGUCAAUUCACAGCUUGGCAAGCCCGUUGGGUUCCCUGAUAUCUGGACCACUUCUAGAUGCAAUAGGUAGACGAAGCUGUUUGCAGUUGUCUGCUGUUCCUUUGUGCAUUGGCUGGCUCCUGAUAGGGUUCGCUAAAAAUUUAUGGCUCAUGUUAUUGGGGCGAUUUUUCGCAGGAUUCGGAGUUGGAAUUUGCGGCGUUUCUGCUCAGAUUGCAGCGGAAAUGUCUGACCUGAUAUCGCGAACAAAGCAAGACGACAUGCGUGCCUCAUCGACAGUAUCAGCGUCCUUUAGAGAGCGACUGUCGGAAACAAAGGCGAAGAUUGUUCAUCCAGGUGUUCUCAAGCCGUUGAUAAUCAUUAAUGUUUUUCUAGUCUUGCAGGCAUUUUCCGGCACGUACAUCAUUGUUUACUACGGCGUCGACCUUAUCCAAGACAUUGGAAAAGGAAGCGUCGACAAAUACAUGGCUGCUCUUGUGACUGCAGUUAUUAGAUUCAUCUUCUGCCUUCUCUCUUGUUUCUUGCUGUUAAAAAUAGGCAGCAGAACUAUCGCCAUUGUUUCGGGAACAGGAACUGCUUUGUCGUCAUUAGUCCUCGCGGCGUUUGUUUUAGCGAAAUCCGAGGAGUCUUAUUUAGAUAAAUACAUAAUAGGAAGCUGCCUUUUUCUGUACGUCAGUUUAAACACAAUUGGAUUAUUCACCCUAAUUGGAAAUAUAAUCAGCGAAUUGCUACCUCAUCGAGCUCGCGGUAUCGGGGGCGGCUGUUCGAUGUUUAUGUUCAAUUUUUCACUGUUCAUUACAGCUAAAAUUUUUCCCUUGGUUAAAGAAGCAGUAGGUAUGGGCGGCGUUUUUAUCAUCUUCGGAGUAUCAGCUAUGAUAUUAACGACGUUUAUGUGGCUGACGUUUCCCGACACUCGGAAUCGUUCGCUGCAGGAGAUUGAGGACUACUUCAAUGGAGAAAGUAUCCUGUGGGUCAAAAAGAAGAAAUGUCAGAAUGAGAGGCUCCAAAAUUCAGAAGCAUAA